CACGCGGUGAUAAACACCGUGACGUCAUAUGUGUGGGACGCCGUGCUGCCGGUGGAUGGAAGGAUGAAGGUGAAGGAAUAAAAAAUGAAAUCAGUUUAAAUGAUUUAGUCUGAACCACAGAUUAUUUACACAGCAGAGAGCCGGAUACAGGUCACCUGACGGCUGACGUCACACAGGAGUGGUCGCCAUGUUGAGUGUGGUGGGGUCGUUGAGGACCAGCGUCCUGCAGCUUCCUGUACGAGGAGUCUGUUCUGCGACAUUCAACAGGAAAUCUUCUGCACCUGGUCACACCUGUACUGCACCACUGUCAGCUGGACGUCCUGCAGUUUGCUGUCACAUGUUACCUGUCAGGACGCUGUCAGGUGUCAGGACGCUGUCAGGUGUUGGGACGCUGUCAGGUGUAGGGAGGUUGUCACGUGUUGGGACGCUGUCAGGUGUUGGGACACUGUCAGGUGUAGGGAGGUUGUCACGUGUUGGGACGCUGUCAGGUGUUCGGAGGCUCUCAGGUGGAGGCCAUGAUGACAGUGCAGGUGCAACCGGCUGGUACAGCAGCCUCUCUGACUCGGCUCCGGUUCACCUGAGCGAACACUUCCUGGUGAGCGUGCAGCAGGUGAGCGGGCUGCCGUGGUGGCUGAGCAUCGUCGUGGCGACGCUGUCGGUCAGGACGCUCAUCACUCUGCCACUCGCCGCCUACCAGAUGGUGAUCAUAUCCAAGGUGGAGGCGCUGCAGGCGGAGAUCUCAGAGCUGGCAAAGAGGCUUCGAUAUGAAGUUUCAGUCCGAGCACGAGAAAGAGGCUGGACGGAGAAAGAGUGCCAGUUUCAGUUCAAGAAGAAUCUGCGUCGUAUCGUCUCUCAGCUCUACGUCAGAGACAACUGUCACCCGUUCAAAGCCAGUGUGCUGGUCUGGGUUCAGCUGCCUCUGUGGAUCAGCCUCUCUCUGGCCCUCAGAAACCUGAGUCUGGAUCAGUCCGCACUGCACUAUGACCUGGCAGCAGGGGGCGCUCUGUGGUUCCCUGACCUCACCUCACCUGACUCCACCUGGAUCCUACCUGUCUGCCUCGGACUCAUCAACCUGCUCAUCGUAGAGGUGUUUUCUCUUCAGAGAGUCAACCCGUCUCGUUUACAGAAGACUGUGACGAACUUCAUCAGAGCGUUCUCAGUGUUGAUGAUUCCCAUCGCUGCCACUGUUCCUUCUUCCAUGGCUCUGUACUGGUUUACCUCCAGUCUGGUGGGAUUCGGUCACAACCUCUUCCUUCGUUCUCCUACGAUCCACAAAAUCCUCAAACUGCGAAGUCACAGAUCAGACUCUCCGUACAGAGACCUGCUUUCCGCCUUCAUCACCAAAUACUGCAGAUAAAGACACAGACGGAUCAGAGAUAUAUUUAUAAGAUAAAUCAGUGACUGAACAUUUCAUUGAUAUUUAACUGCUGUUCAGCUGGUUGUGAUGUUGAGAUGUUGUAUUGAUCCAGUCAUUGAUUGAUUGAUCUGUAUGUUGAUUAAUAAACUGAAACGUGUGUUGAUAUGAGGAGGUGUCUGUAUGAACAUGUGAUUCAGUCUUUUUGUUCUGUGUUAAAACAUUUAUUCACUUAUUGAUCACCAACAUUAAAGGUUCAGGAUUCAGAUU